CCCAUCUGAAUCGACCAAGCAAAUCUCAAGAUGAAGGUGGCUGUCAUUGGCGGAGGCCCCUCUGGCCUGGUCACUCUGAAAUACCUGGCGCAUGCGCAUCGCCAAUUCCCUAACAUUGAGCCCUUCGAUCCUUUCCUGUUCGAGGCAGAGGACGACAUCGGCGGCACCUUCAAGUACCGUGUCUACGAGGAAGCCGAGCUUGUUUCGUCGAAGUACCUCACGGCUUUCUCAGACCACCGCUUCCCUGAGGAUGCCCCGGAGUUUGUCGUACCAGAGACGUACGUCCGCUACCUGCAGGAUUAUGUCACCAAGUUUGAACUUGGGAUGUACAUCCACUGCUCGACCGAAGUCACACAGAUUAGGCGCAAACCCGGCGGUGGGCACCUUGUCACUGUGAAGACUAGCGGCGUGUCCAAGGAUAUCCAGUUUGACGCCAUUGCCGUCUGCACCGGUCUCAAUGUCGAGGCUAACAUCACGUAUGUCCAAGGCAUGGAGCGUGUGCCCAUCGUGAUCCAUUCCUCCGAGUUCAAGGUACGUAAGCAGUUCCUGAUCCGAGACAAUCCCACGGUCGUCAUCAUGGGCGCCGGCGAAACGGGCAUGGAUAUUGGACAUCUUGCCAUCACCACCCCGGAGAUUGGCUCAGUGAUCAUGUGCCACAAAGGCGGCUUCUAUUGCGUUCCCAAGAGAGUUCCCGAGCCUGUUGUCCUUGGCUUCUGGGGGAAGGACCAAAAGCGACCCUCCAAGCCCAUUGACACAAGUGUCGCAAGCCUGUUUGACACGGCCUAUGUCCACCCCAUCCUGCAGCGAGGUAUGGGCCUCUGGAAUUACUACAACUGGGCCAUCAAUUCUCUCCUCUUCGCUGUGACCGGCACGCAUGGAGGCCUGGACCAGUGGGUUGGCCAGAUUCCCAAGGAGAGACGACACACAGAUUCGAUCUUCUUCUGCAAGUCUGAUAGAGCAAUGCCCUACAUCUCAGCUCCGCACCGCAACCGCGCAUCCUUCUGGAACCGCCUCCGCGCUGCAAUCGUCAACAUGCCAAUCAAGGACACCGAAGGCCGUCACAUUGACCUCGCACCCUGGCCGGAGUUCAUUGAUCUCAAUGGCAUCAUGCAUUUCGAGGACACCGGACGACCCGAGUCGGAUAAGAUGAAGAACAUGGUCGUCAAGCCUGACGUUAUAGUCAUGGCCACCGGAUACAUGCGACGCUUCCUCUUCCUCGAUGACUCUUACCAUUACCCCGACUUCGGUGAGGGUCGAGGCAUCUGGGACAUCUUCACUCCCUCGGUUGGAUUUAUCGGAUUCGUCAGACCGUCGAUUGGCGCCAUUCCUCCCCUGGCUGAGAUGCAGGCCCAACUGUGGGUUCUUCGCCUCAUCCAAUCAGGGAACCGCCACGAUCCCGCACUUACGGCCCGCGACCCAAACGCAGUGGCAGCCUAUGAUGUCGACUAUCGUCUGCAUGAGCGCGCAGAUCGAGACCUCUCUAAGGAGCGAGGAGGAGUCGACCACGAGAGCUACGCCUACCAGCUCGCUCUGGACAUUGGUUCGGCGCCCACGUUCACGUUCAUCCGCAAGCAGGGCUUCAAAGUGCUCUGGACCUGGGCCAUGGGCAGCAACUUCAACACGAAGUUCCGAUUAGUCGGCCCCUGGAAGGACGACGAGGCCUUGGAUAUCAUACGAGGCGAGCUGUACAAUGUCACCAAGCGCAUUGCUGGCGGCCCGUUCUUCAUAAUCUACACCUUGAUCCCCCUCAUCAUCUUUGGCAUUGCCAGCAUGUUCCUUUACGCCGUGGACCCCAUCAUGCGCAAGUGGAAUGAGUGGCACCGAGGGGUUCGUGGCCGAAUUCGAGGAACUCGUGGCUCGACACGGCUAGGAGUAAACGACGCGUAUUCCUCAACUAGAGCCAUGCUCUACGAGAUGAUUUCAGGAUGA